AUGCCUCUUCAUCAUCGACCUGAGAUGUUCGACAUCCGAUCUGCCUACAAGCAACCUGCAACGAGCGAAAGACGAUACCCUUCCGACUCCGACAGCGACCGCUCAUACAAAUCAAAUAGCGACAGAUCCUAUCAAACGCAACCUACCUCAUGCUCGAGCAACUCCACAAGACAGUCACACCACGUCCGAUGCCACACACAUGAAGGUCGAUCAAGAGAUGGUCCGCCGCGGUAUUUCGACGAUAGACAGGUGUUCGAAAGUCCACCUGCGAGUCCGUCCAAUUCGGUUGAGACGUACGCCUCAACAGUCGAUGGCGACUUGGACCAGCCGGAGAGAGAAGACAUCCCCGACUUCGACGUUCCAGACUACACAAGACAACCAACAAAGUCGUCUGCGAUCGCUGCGACGCCCUCAGAGUUUUCAGAUCUCUUUCCAUCUGGUCGUCAAUUACACAUCCGACAUGACGACUCAACGAUCGAUGGGAACAUGAAUCUUAGAGUCGAUGCUGAUGUUUUUGAUGAUCGCAAGCGUUACGACAUGACACUUUUCCACCUGCGUCUGCACGACCUCAAGCACCGAGAGUUCUCAUUACGCCGGUACUGCAGGGACUCGGGACGUGAAGUCUGUCACUCAGUUCAGAAGUCUCAGACCGCCGCUCAGGAAAAGCGGCCCGCCAUUCAGCGGUCCCUCAGCAACGCCCUACAGAGCAUGCGACCCAAGUCGGAGCGACGCAGCUCGGCAGUACCGACGCUUGCCAGCUUGAAGCGCAACGAUUCUGGAUACGCUUCAAUAACCUCAGACGACUUAAAUGACUUUGAUCGCCAGAUGACCUCCAGCCACGGGACAAAGGAGGACGAGUUUGUGCCCUCAAAGUCAAUCAAGCUCGAGUUCUCGAACUACGCUCAAGUCGACGUCAAGCGAAUUGGUGCAAAGGGAAACAAACGCUACGAGUUUCAGUAUUGGGGUGUGAGCUACGCAUGGAGACGCGUGGUGACUUGGGAUGGCGAUCGAAGAGAAGCGGCCUUCUACUUGAUGAGAGCUGGAAGCGACCGACCCUGCGCACAUAUCACGCCUGAUCGACUGGACCGUACAAAGGCGCAAGAAGAGCGAAACAGCGGUGGUUGGAUCCCACGUUGCACCAUGGCAAUUACUGAUAAAGCGAUCAUCCGCUCCGGAAAAGACGUCGCUGACACUGUGGUGGCUACCGGCCUCAUUGCGUUGGUUGACGACACUAUCCGGAAUCACUUCCACUCUGAGACUGCGAAACAACUACUUAUUCCGGUGCCAAAAUUCGGCGUCGAGUACGUGGGACCCAAACGCUUGAUCAAUGAGAUGUUCGGCAGAAGAGACACAUUCUCCGGACAGGCAAGCCGUCCAUCCUCGAGCGGUGGGCCGCCAUCUGCUGCCGGGGCGUUGGUCAUUUUCGGAGGUCCGCAAACAGCAGCGGCAUGA